CCCGCUGCCUCGGCGCUGUCUGAGGGGAAGGAGGGUAGCCGCGGGAAACCGCGUCCGCCGUCGGCGCUGGUGAGGUUGCGCCUCCUGUCCCUUCUGUCCCGCACCGCCGUCAUGAGCGUAGCCGCUCUGGUCUCUCCUGCGCUCCCGCCCGGGCCGCCGCCUCCUCCGCCUCCUACCAGCGCGCUGCCCCCGGGAUCAGGCCCUGCCGCCGCUGCGGCCAUCGCAGCCGCUGCCGCCGUCGCAGCCGCGGAGAGCUAUGAAGAGGAAGAGUUGGAUAGCCCCGCCGACGAGGAGGAUGGGGAGCGUAGUGGACGCGCGCGGGACUCGGACGAGGAUACCGAGGAUGCUAGUGAAACAGAUCUGGCCAAACAUGAUGAAGAGGAUUAUGUGGAAAUGAAGGAACAGAUGUAUCAGGAUAAACUGGCAUCUCUUAAGAGGCAGCUACAGCAACUGCAAGAAGGUACUUUACAAGAGUAUCAGAAAAGAAUGAAAAAACUGGAUCAGCAGUACAAGGAGAGGAUACGUAAUGCAGAACUCUUUCUUCAGCUGGAAACAGAGCAAGUAGAAAGGAACUACAUUAAGGAGAAGAAGGCAGCCGUGAAGGAAUUUGAAGAUAAAAAAAUUGAGCUGAAGGAAAACUUGAUUGCUGAGUUGGAAGAGAAGAAGAAAAUGAUAGAGAGUGAAAAGCUAACCAUGGAGCUAACGGGCGAUUCCAUGGAGGUGAAACCUAUCAUGACAAGAAAAUUGAGGAGGCGGCCAAAUGACCCUGUUCCCAUUCCUGACAAAAGGAGGAAGCCAGCCCCAGCUCAGCUUAAUUACCUUUUAACAGAUGAACAGAUAAUGGAGGAUCUGCGGACACUUAAUAAGCUUAAAUCACCUAAAAGACCAGCAUCUCCUUCAUCACCAGAGCACCUGCCAGCUACACCAGCUGAAUCCCCAGCACAGCGAUUUGAAGCAAGGAUAGAAGAUGGCAAACUUUACUACGAUAAAAGAUGGUAUCACAAGAGCCAGGCUAUUUAUCUGGAAUCAAAAGAGAACACCAAAAUCAGCUGUGUGAUCAGUUCUGUGGGAGCCAAUGAAAUCUGGGUGAGGAAAACCAGCGACAGCACAAAAAUGAGGAUCUAUCUUGGGCAGCUACAGCGAGGGGCGUUUGUGAUCCGCCGGCGGUCAGCUGCAUGACACUCUGCACUGAUGGUUCUGUGACGUGUUAAAGACAAUCAGCUCUUAUAGAGACUUGCAGUUGCUCUUCCUGGAUUGUGUCAGAAGAUGUUCAUUCUCCCCACCCCCACCCCCUCACAAGCAGGCUGUUUGCUGCCCACGUUAUUCCAGAUGUCCUUGUCUCUCGUGAGCCCAAGCUGCAUCCUGGAGUUUGGCCUGAAGCUUCAGUUUAGGUUUUUUCCCAAAGACUAUUUAAGGAGAAUGCGUGCCAACAUUUUUAAUCUUUGCAUUUGACAUCCUGUAAAGAGUAUGCAUGGUAUCUUCUAAAUUGAGCAAUACCAGCUCAGUGGAGAAAAGGCCUUGAGGAGACAUAGCUGCAGUCUGCAAAGCUGCAAGGCAUUGAAAGAAGAGGAAACGGACCCUCCCACAGUGCCCGUUGCUAUCCAGCAUGUGGAACGUCACCCCAGUAGGGUUACAGGGGAAAGGUGUUAGUUUUCGAAGAUCCUGAAAGUACAGUUGAUUUUUUUUAAGUGUAGUUAAAGGAGUCACACUUGGUUACUCCAAAACUACUUGAAGAACUUGGUUUUUGUAGCCCCAAAGCAGGGGUGUUUUGAUUUUUUUUGGGGGGGGGGGGUGAACCCAAGUAAGAACUGGACUGUAUGGGUGAGGGAGGGGGCCUGUGUAAGCAAGGCUUCACAAGUGGCGGUGCCUGUUUCACAACACCACACUGUGGUCACAACAGCUCACCUUCCUUGACCAGUGGGGUGGUCUUGUUGGAGUAAGGACUGGCUACAAAAUUUCAUGUGCCAUUGCCAGGUCUUGAUGUGUGAACGUAUCAAAUGGUAUGAUGGAGUUAGCUGGGGGUGCACAGUGCUUCUCUUCCAAAAGUGCUGUACUUUCUUAUGACCUGAUGGUGGCAGUGAAGUUGCUUCCAAGACACUUUUUAU